GAGGAAUAUUCCCUGAUGAUGUGCUCUUCCUACUCAGGACUGUCGAACAUGCCCUUUGAGGAGGUCAUGAAGCUGCAGCAGAAGGUGGGAACUAAAGCUUUCAAUGAGGUGGCGUUCAGUAGCAGAAGACACGGAGCAGUCAGCAGUAAGAAAAGGCUGAACAAGAACAGGCCGAUGGAAAUCUCUGCCAAAAAGGCGCCAUCCUUCCUCCGCCAGGUCAUCCCCAUCAAGAAAUCUACCAGGAGGGAUCCUCGGUUUGACAGCCUGUCAGGGGAAUACAAACCAGAGAUAUUUGAGAAGACUUACAAGUUUAUUAAUGACCUCAAACACAGAGAGAAGGAGAUGAUAAAGAAGCAGCUAAAGAAGAAAAAGAUGGGCAGUCAGAGGAAGGAGAAGCUGCAGUUCCUGUUGAGGAGAUUGGAGAACCAGGAAAAAGCCAGACAGACCAGAGAGCAGCAGAGAGAGAGAGAGCUCCAGUUCAAGAAGCAGCAGCGAGAACGAGCCAGUCGUGGGGAGCGGCCUUUUUUCCUGAAGAAAUCGGAGAAGAAGAAGCUGCAGCUGGCUGAGAAGUACCUGGACUUGAAGAAAAGCGGCAAAGUGGAGAAGUUCCUCAGCAAGAAGAGGAAGAGGAAUGCAGUGAAAGACCGCAGGAAGCUGCCGGAGCAACUCCAGAGCCAGAAGCUUUCAUAGUGAGAGCUGUCCAGGAGCUGCCUCUGCAGAGACUCAUCUCCGCCUCCUGAUGGCGCCGUUAAACAUUCAUCAGCAGGUCUCCUCUUCCCUGGUGUCAUUAGGGAGGUUUGGAUCCCUGAAAACCUCCCGGGUUCAGUGAUGUUUAAGGUCUAAUGUUGGAUUGGUGUCCAAUGAUUUAGUAAUAAAGGUUUUCUAUUUUCAUCCUCC